AAUUUACUGUCUGGAAUCACUGAGAACCUAAACUCGCUCAAAUAAUUCCUCGCAAGUCCUCAACCCCUAGUCGAUGUUUAAAAAAAUAAUCAUUAAAUAUCCACAGAUCUGAGAAUCUUUCAGUGUGAAAUAUAUAUAUGUUGUUGCUAAACUGACAUAUUUGAAAGUAAUAAUAAAAUAAAUAACAAUACGAAACUCUGGCUAGUAUUUCUAUAUCUACGCAGGAGACUUUCGUCAGACGCCAAAGCAGCUCCGGAGAGACUUGAUUGACUACACACUGCAGCAUGAGACUUAAAACUGUAGUGAUGAAGAAGUAAAACAAAAUGCUGAAAACUUUAGCAAACGGACGAUUUGGCCCAUACUGUGGCAAUUGCUUACGAAAGACAACUUUGAUUGUGGGAAGUCGGUUGGCCAACUCAGAAAGACAUUUAUCUGUAUCAUCAAGACAAGGUGUUGGAGAGUAUGCUGUUCUUAUCUCACAAAAUAGACUGUCUCAGUCACAGCUGAUGCGACUUCAUUUAAGUAAUAUACAAAGUGCAAGAUAUUACACUAUUUUUCGCAUCCGAACCCCAUCAGCUGGAAACAAACACCUACUAAAAUGUGCUUUACUAGUACCAGUCAAAGGCCGACAGCUCUCGGGAGUUCGAAUAUUGAGUGGUUUACGACGAUUGCUGAAAAUACGUUAUCUACUUUUGGGUGGAGCAGUUGGAGGUGGUAUGGCGGCAAGUCAGAAAAUUGAUGAGUUAAAACAGUAUAUCCCAGACCUUGGGUGGCUAAAUGAGUACUUGCCAGAGUCUGAUACUCUGGGAAAAGUAUCAGCUUCCUUUGGCAAGCUGAUGUCCAGAGUACAAGAAAGCAUGCCUCAGAAGGGAUGGUUGAAAAGUCACUUGCAAGAUAUGAACACAUGGCUUGCAGAUACUCGUGGCAGUUUUUCCAUGUUGACAGAAGGAAUGGGUCAACCUGCGAUGCUUCAUCGCACAGCCAGUAUUCCCAUCCAAGUGAAGGAGAAGUCUUAUCAGAAAUAUGAGAAGGAGAGUAGUAAAGAUGCAGACCUGACUAUGGGUUUUACAGCCCCUGAAGUGGGGAUUGCCAUGACAAGUCCCGAUGAAAAACCUAACAAUAAGAAGCCGUCUGAUGACAAAAGAAGACUGGAGCAGGUGCAACAGGAAAUGAUGGAAAUUCAGAUGCGCUACCAGAAAGAAAUAGAAAGACUGGAGAAGGAUAACAGAGAACUACGAAAACAGCUCAUCCUGCGAGAACAAAGAACAGGAAAACGUCGGGUCAUGAAGAAGAGUUUAAUUGACAUGUACUCUGAGGUGCUUGAUGAGCUGGCUCAUUUCGAUUCAAGUUACAACACGCAGGACAACUUGCCAAGAGUUGUGGUGGUGGGAGACCAAAGCUCAGGAAAAACCAGUGUGCUGGAGAUGAUCGCCCAAGCUAGGAUAUUCCCAAGAGGUUCAGGGGAAAUGAUGACAAGAUCCCCUGUAAUGGUGACUCUGAGUGAGGGUCCAUAUCAUAUUGCCAGUUUUCGGGAUAGUAACCGAGAGUUUGAUCUUACCAAGGAUUCAGAUCUUGCAGCUUUGCGCCGAGAAGUGGAGUUGCGCAUGAAAGCUAGCGUGCAGGAAGGGCAGACUGUCAGUUCUGAGUGUAUUUCCAUGUCGGUGAAGGGCCCAGGCUUGCAGAGAAUGGUGCUGGUGGACCUCCCUGGUGUCAUUUCGACAGUGACAAAUACUAUGGCUCCAGACACAAAGGAAUCAAUCAAGAACAUCCUCUCUACGUACAUGGAGAAUCCUAAUGCCAUUAUCCUUUGUAUUCAGGAUGGAUCUCUGGAUGCAGAGCGCAGCAAUGUAACAGACCUGGUCAGUCAGAUGGACCCAAGUGGCAAGCGCACCAUCUUUGUCUUAACCAAAGUGGAUUUAGCUGAGAGCAACCUUUACAAUCCUGACAGGAUAAAAUCUAUAUUGGAGGGCCAGCUAUUCCCAAUGAAAGCUCUAGGUUAUUUUGCUGUUGUCACAGGUCGAGGAAACACCAAUGACAGCAUCCAAAGCAUAAAAGAAUAUGAAGAUAGUUUUUUCAGAAAAUCACGCCUUUUCAAGGAUGGUGUUUUAAAACCCACACAAAUGACGACUCAAAACUUGAGCAUGGCUGUUUCGGAAACAUUUUGGAAAAUGGUGCGGGAGUCUGUGGAACAGCAAGCUGAUGCUUUUAAAGCCACUAGAUUCAACUUGGAAACCGAAUGGAAGAAUACUUUUCCCCAUGUUCGGGAACUUGACCGGGAUGAACUGUUCGAGAAAGCAAGGGGAGAGAUAUUGGAUGAAGUGGUCAAUCUCAGUCAGGUUACACCCAAACAGUGGGAGGAGGCAUUCAUCAAGAAGCUGUGGGAAAAAAAUGCAGCAUAUGUCAUAGAGAACAUCUACUUGCCUGCUGCCCAAGCUGAGAAUUCUGGGACAUUCAAUACAACUGUAGACAUAAAGUUGAAGCAAUGGGCAGAUGUUCAGCUUCCAAAGAAAUGUGUUGAGGUGGGCUGGGACACGCUUCAUGAAGAGUUUUCCCAGCUGCUGUUAAAAGGGAAGAAGAAGCUAGGUGAAGAUGAUGAGAUCUUUGACAAACUGAAGAUGGCUGUCAUUGAAACCUGCAAGACCAGACACCAGUGGGAGAACAAGGCAGAGGACAGUCUGCGUGUGAUUCAGCUUAAUAUCCUUGAGGACAGAUCCGUAACAGACAAAUCACAAUGGGAUGCAGCCAUCAAGUUCAUGGAAGACACCCUCAAAGAGAGACUAAAGCAAACUGAAGACAAGUUGCAGCAAAUGACUGGACCAAGUGCAUGGGACCAGUGGAUGCUCUGGAAGGGCUGUACAGAUGACCAUCAUAACCGUCGUGCUGUUAAGACAGAGCUGGAGAAGAUGUUGGGGUCAUCUCAGAACAAAGUUCACUUAGGCGCUGAUGAGCUAACAGCUGUGAGGAAAAACCUUCAGACUCAGGGCAUUGAAGUGGAUGCUGAAUAUAUACGUGAGACUUGGUACUAUGUCUUCCGACACAACUUCUUCAAGCAUGCUCUUCAGCAGGCUCAGCAGUGUAAGAAAGGGUUCUAUUACUAUCAACGAGGCUUUCAAGACACUGGAUUAGACUGCCAUGAUGUGGUGCUGUUCUGGAGGCUGCAGCGCAUGCUAAACGUCACUAGCAAUGCUUUACGUCAACAGGUUGUUAAUAAUGAAGCUAGACGACUGGAGCGCAUUAUCAAAGAUGUUCUUGAUGAUAUGGGGGAGGACAAGGCACAGUUGAGUAAGCUGCUGAUGGGUCGUCGUGUUCAGCUGGCAGAAGAAUUGAAAAAAGUUCGACAGAUACAAGACAAACUUGAGGAGUUUAUUCAAGCUCUGAACAAGGAAAAAUGAUUGUGUGUAGUAUGCCAGGGUUACAUGUUCAUGUUGGCAAGAUACUUUUUUAGUAGGUGACCUUUCCUUGCAGGAAUGGUAAGCAGCACAAAAAUACCUUGACGAGAGGAGGGAAAAGGAGACAUGGGAAACCUUUUUCCAUAUCAGCAGAAUGUGAGAACAGGGAAAUAGAUAAUGACAUAUAUUUCAACACAGAGGACACUGGACAGUUUGAUAAUACUGUAAUUUGUUCCAUGUCAGCUGACUGUGAGAAGAGGGAAAUAGACAAUGACAUAUUUCAACACAGAGAAUUCUGGACAGUUUGAUAGUAAUUUGUUCCAGGGAGGGGCAGUGGGAGAAAAAGAACUCUUGUGUUUAUAUUGAAAUGGUAGUUUCAGACUGUGUGUUGCUACAAGAUUGAAUGACUUUACACAACUUGUAUUUUACUGUGACAAGUAUAUUUUAGACUUGCUAACUUUAUUCUUCCUUAAUAAAAUCUAGAAUUUUGAAUACCAUUCCUAAGAAUUGUGAGACCUAUUAUUUGGUGCCAUAUCUGUCUUUUUGAACAAGACUGCAGUCCUUACAGAAGUCCUCUGUAACUUAUAAAUUCACCCUCUUUUUUAAUUAUAUUCACAUCUCUGUUCUGUUAUUCUGGUAAGUGUACACUGAUGUUUAUUACCUUCAUGCAACACUUUUUUUAAUACUAUUUCAAGACUCUUAAACACCUGUUUUAGUAGCAGUGCCUUUUCAGUAGCAGAGGUUUAUUCGUUUUAGAGGUAGCUGACUUGCAUGAACAGCUUAUCUUCAUGGUGUUCAUGUCAGAGUCGUGAUAUGCAGACCUCAGACAUUGGCAAGAUUAAGUCAGUGACCAAUUAGUAACCUCUUAACAGGUUGUUGACAAGAACAUCAAAAGCUGCUAUUGUUGUGACGAAAAGGUGGUCUCAUUUGUAGACGGAUUAGUAAUAUAUGGACAGACUACACACUGAAGCCAUCAAAAUAAAGUUGGUAUUCCUUUUGUUUGUUAAAAAAUCUCUUCACUACAGCAGAAUUCGCAGCUUACACACAGAAUUGUUCUAACUGUUAUAGUCUAUAAAAACGAUAUUCAGAUUCCAUUUAUGUACCAACUGGAUCCAUGACGCAAUGUGCCUGCUGUUUUAAAGUGAGCAAGAUAAUGCAGCAAUUUGCAAAUGAGAACUUACUAAUGAUUCGCUGUCUUCAGUAAAAGAUUCUUUUAUAGACAAAAUUUCUCAUUACACAGUGACAUGCUUUGUUGGUGACUCAGUUGCAUUCUUGCAAAGAUGCUGCUUAACUGCAGUAAUCAUUUCCAGCAUGUUUGCAAAUAAGAAUUAAAAGCUAAGUGUUUGUGUACCAUUGUGUUAUUAAAUUAAGGUAUACCUUCGUAUUGCUUCGUAAAAUAAGCUGUGGGUGUGUAUGCUUGGUUGUCCAUUCAAAACACAAAUCAGCAGGUUUGUUAUUGCAAGGGGCUUGAGAUAGACGCCUAUGAUAGUGUGACAUUGUGAUGUUACAUGUUGACAUCCCUUUUGCUUUGUAGACAGAUUUUAACAAAGACUAGUCUGCUUUCGCAUUUGAUAAUUCUGUUUUUGCGAGAAAGAGACCCAGUAUGGCUGGCAUGCAGUAGAUAUGGCAUAGACAGCACCGCUCUUAACAAUUUUUGCAGCUGUAUGAUUUCUGAGAAUUAUUUAGAGCUUGCACAUGCAUGCAAGUCUCCUAGCAAAAAAAAAAAUUGUAUCAUAUCUCCUUUCCCCCACCCACCCAUCUGUGAUGUACAAAGAACUUACAUAAAUAUUUGUAGAGCUUAUGUCAAUGGGCCAGAGUUAGAUGAUAUACUUUUGGCUGAAUACAAUCGACAUUCAUCAGGUGAAAUUAUAGAGCUUUGUAUUUUGUGAGAACAAAUUAACUUUCAAGCAGGACUCAGAAUAAAAUUGUUUAAUUAUUUACUUUUUUGUUUACAUUAACUUAGGCUGCCAUUGACUAUCUUUCUGAAUGUGAUCAUAAUUGCUUGAAUAAAGAAAAUUUGCUUUGUUGCCAGUUUUUACUGGUAA